AUGCUUCAACAAAGACCUCGAGAUCACAAUAAAUCAACCAAGAGACUACCUCCGUUACCAGAGCUUGCCUAUAAAGAAAUAGCCUCAAGAAUACGAUUAACACACGACAAUAUAUCCAAUUCAGAUUUCGAUUCAACUGAUGAUCUUUUCACAUGUAAUGAAAACAUAAUAAUAGAAACUAUCACUGAACUGAUUAGAAUGACUAAUCCAAAUUUACAAAGAUUAAAUACUCCAGAAUUUUCCUUAUCUUCACUCUCAGAUAUUUUCACUACUCCAAAAUCUCAACUCGAUAAUACUGAGAUCGAUAUCAACCAAAUCGAUGCCUUAACCCAACUGGAUACGAUAAAGAGAGACAGCAUAAGUGAGAAUAGACCACCUAAUCUUACAAUGUCACAUUCUACAAAUAAAACAGUUCCAGCUACAAUGCAUACAUUUGAUCCCGUGAUAUCGGAUAAUAUAGUCGAUCAUAAAGAAAGGGAAGAAGAAGCACUAUCAUCAAAACAACUCAAACAGAAAUUUAGAAAAUCGCUAACUGUAUUAAACAAGAAAAGUCUAUCAUCAGCAAUAAAGCGAUUUUCAUCCAAAAUCCCAGAGUCAAGAUCCGGAGAGAAGCAAGAACAACUAGAAAAUUCAUAUAAAUCAAAAACCCCAGAAUCCCUACCCCCAAUCACAUCACCAAACAAGAAUCACCGUAAGCGAAAUCCAAAUCCAAAGAAAUAUGAUUCAGUUCCAGCUACACCAAAAACAAAUAUGCGUUUGGAUACAGAGCCCAAUCACAACAACCAACCAAAUAGUACUUCACCAUUUUGGAAAUAUCAUAUUCUUCGAUUUGGUCGAGAUUUAUACCUAACCACAAAUCCAGGCAUGAAACAUAUGUAUUGUCGAAACGCCCCUGGGUAUUAUAUCAUAAUUCUUGAUCAUGAACAACGAAGUCGACAACCAUAUCUGAAAAAAGGAUUCACAUUAAUUUUCAAAGAUACUUCAAAUAAAACAAAGGAUAUUCCAUUGAUGAUAAUUGUUAAGAAGGCUGAAAGUGAAGGUGGUCAUUUCGAAUUAUCAAUCCCCAAGAAUCGAGUGAUUAAGAAAGGUGGGGCCAUAUGGAAAGAUUGUGAUGAUUAUAGUUUGUUUAAUGGGAUUGGAUUCCCGAGAGAGAUUGAGAAUGGACAAUUCCCAUUUGAGAAAUUGAGACAAAUAUAUCCGGAGAAUUGUUUUAGGAAUUUUGAAGUGAGGGAUUUAAAUAAGAUGAAAUGGAAUAUUGGAUCGAUUCCUCGAGUUAGAUCGAGUAAUUUGAAUAAAGUUAAACAAAAACUAACUACUCCCGCCAAUGAAUCUAACGAGGAAGAUAUUAUGAAAUUAAGUGGCAAGAGGAAUAUUUAUUUCCAUCAAAAUUUCAUCCAAGAUGACAAACAACCUUCAAGAUAUAAACUCUCCAAUCCCGAGGAAGUCUAUCUAUGUGAUCCUGAAAUUGAUUUCCCACCAGUAUUAGCAGUAUUCAGACCUAAUGACAGUCGAAUCUCCAAACAAUUCAAAAAAUCCAUCCCUAAAUCCAAUAAACAUCAUUAUAAACAAAGCAUGCAAUCCUCAUAUCUAAGCAUAAACGAAAUAGACACCGAUUAUGGUACAGGAACAAACCAGAAGAAGUAUUAUCAUGGAAGUGAUGGAUUAUAUUUCUCAAAGAAUACAAAAGAUGAUAAUCCGGAUGAGAAUAAAUUAGGGUGGAUGAACAUAUAUGAUGAUCCGGAAUUAUUUGAGGGGACAAAGAAUAGAGGAAUGUUUGAAUUUGUUGUAGGGAUGACUGUUGCUGUUGGAUUAGAUAGUUUGUUACCACUUGAAUAG